AUGCCAGCGGUUCCACAGAUCCUCUUGGUUCCUCUGGAAGAGCUGGGGAGAGCAGAACUGAAGAGGUUUCAGUGGUACCUGACUGCAGAGAAUACGCUAGAAGGCUUCUCUCACAUCCCAAAGGCUCAGCUGGAGAACACUGAUGUACAGGACAUGGUGGAUAAGAUGGUGGACAGAUACAAACCAAGAGGUGCUGUGGAGAUCACACUGCUCAUCCUGAGGAUGAUGGAGCAGAAUAACCUGGCUGAGAAGCUAGAGAGUAAACUCAGGGAAGGUAACACAGCUCACAUGAUACUUACCACACAAAUCGAUUACGAAGCUGUCAAAAUCAAGAUGAAGUCCAGUCUGAAAGAGAAAUAUGAGCGCAUUUUGGAUGGAACAUCAGUGAGGGGCCAUAGAAAGUUCCUGAAUGAUAUCUACACUGAUCUCUACAUUGUGGAGGAUGAGACUGGAGGAGUCAUUCACGAACAUGAGAUUAUGCAGGCUGAGGCAUCAGCUAAAAGAUUUACCACAGAGGAAAUUCCACUCACAUGCAGCGACGUUUUCAAAGUCCUGUCUGAUCCAAGUCGAAGAAACAGAAAAGUGCUGACUAUGGGAAUCGCUGGAGUGGGCAAAACUGUCUCGGUGAACAAAUUCAUUCUGGACUGGGCAGAGGGAAAGACCAACCAGGACAUAGAUUUUAUUUUCCCUCUUCUUUUUCGUGAGCUGAAUUCAAUGAAGGAUAAAAACUACAGCCUGACAGAGUUGCUUCAUGAACAUUUUGAAGAUUCUGUUGAACUGAGAUCUCUACCAGGUGGUGACGGUAAAGUCAUGUUCAUUUUUGAUGGACUUGACGAAUGCCGUUUUCCUCUUAACUUUACAGAGAAAGAGAAAUUGAAAAACAGUAAUGAGAAAACCUCAGUGGGUAGACUAAUAACCAAUUUAAUCAAGGCAAAUCUGCUUCCCUCUGCCCUCGUCUGGAUAACCUCCAGACCAGCAGCAGCCCAUCAGAUCCCUCGAGACUACAUUGACCAAGUGACUGAAGUACGAGGAUUCAGUGACGAACAAAAGGAAGAAUAUUUUAGGAAGUACAGUGACAAGGACCAGGAUACGGCCAAAAAAAUGAUCUCACACAUAAAGAAAUCAAGGAGCAUCCACAUUAUGUGUCACAUACCAGUCUUCUGUUGGAUAUCAGCCACUGUGCUUCAGCCAAUGCUAGCCAAAGGUACCAGCGAAGAACUUCCCACAACACUGACGGGGAUGUACGUACAGUUUCUGAUUUUCCAAACAGAUCAAAUGAAAGAGAAAGAUGACGCUAAGAACAUCAAUAAAAAGAGAAAACAAGAUAAGGCUGAACACAUCAUCAUGAAGCUUGGAAAGUUGGCCUUCCAUCAGCUGGAAAAGGGUAAUGUGAUAUUCUAUGAGGAAGACCUGAGAGAGUGUCGCAUUGAUGUCAGUGAGGGUUCAGUGCACUCGGGAGUUUGCACACGGAUAUUCAGUAAAGAGCAGGGAGUCUGCAAGACAAUGGUGUUCAGCUUUGUGCAUCUGAGUGUUCAAGAAUUCCUUGCUGCCGUCUACGUGUUUCUCUCACAUCGAAACAAGAAAAAGAACCCACUUUAUCCAAACACAGUUGAGAACAGACUGAAAUGGCUGUUUAAGAGCACAGAAGCUAUUUAUGAAUCUGCUAUAGGCAAGGCUUUAGAGAGUGAGAACGGACACCUGGACCUUUUCCUCCGCUUCCUUCUUGGCCUCUCUCUGGAAUCCAAUCAGAGACUCCUGAAAGAACUACUGCCACAAACAGUGAUCAGAGCAGUGAGUGUGGAGAAAACAGUCGAACACAUAAAGGAAAAACUGAAUGGCAACAUCCCAUCAGAGAGGAGCAUCAAUCUCCUCUACUGUCUGAAUGAACUGAAGGAUGACUCCCUCGUGCAUGAAAUUGAAAAUUACUUGAGCUCAGGACAUGUCUCAACAGAGAAACUGUCAUCUGCACAGUGGUCAGCUCUGGUCUUUGUCCUGCUGAUGUCAGAGGAGACCCAAGAAAAGUUUGAGCUGAAGAAAUACAGAGGAUCAGAUGAAGGGUUGAAGAGAUUUCUGCCAGUGCUGAAAAACACCAAACAGGCUAUGUAA